CAUUUUACAAAACAAAUCAAGAUCGCGGCAGCCCUACACCAUCAGCUGAUGGACAACGUGUUUUCAUUUGGUCAACCUAUAGCCAACUUCACUUUCCCUCAUGUACUUAUAUCGAACUGUGUAUACAUACUAAAUUUAUAAACAUUUUGGCGUGCCGGUUUAGUUUUUUCGGAUUGAAUGAAAAUUCUAAUUCUUACGAGAGGAGGCAUAUUUAUUUGAUAUAAAGUAGCGAAAGCGGCAAAGGUGCUAAAAAAUGGAGGUAGUUCAAGAAUUACAGGAACGCGCUUUGCCCGUCUAUGAACAACUGAAGAGAUACAAUAUUUGUGACGACCAUGAGAUCAGUGAAUAUAAGCAAAAGCGGGAGUCUUUCGCUCUGCAACUCACACAGAAAAGUGUCAACAGUCGCACUUACGUAGAAUACAUUAUAUUGGAGCGCAAAAUGUAUCGCUUGGUGGAACGAAAAGAAGCCAGUUAUAAAACAGAACUAAGAGGUUUAAAGAAUAAUCUUAUAAAUCACAUUACAAAAUUGUACCGCGAGUGUCUUCACAAGUUUCCUGAGGCCGAAAGUUUGUGGAAUCAUUUUAUAGAGUUCAGUAAACAUUCAAAUCCAGCACAAGUACUCGGAAUCUACGAGAAAAUGCUCUCAUAUCACGGCUCCAACGAAAAAAAUUGGGUUGAGGCUGCGCUUUGGGCUUUUAGCAACGAUAGUGACAGUCUUGUUUGGCAAGACAUUUGCACGCGAGGCUUGCAACGUCAUCCUAAUGAAGAAAUUCUGACCAAAACAUUAUUCGAUUUGUUAGUCUUUGUAGCCCACAAACGGGUGGAAGCUGGGCAAAAACUGGAUUAUGAAAGCUCUUUGCGGCAGGCAGAAUGCGUUUAUAGAAAUAGCCGUACAACCAUUACAAAUUUACCAUUUUUCCUCGGACUAGUGCAGCGGUGCGAGCAUUGUUCAUUUAUCAAUAUCACAGCUAGCUUGCAAUUAAAUAUAAUUGAAGAUCUAUUAGAGCGUUACCCUUCACAAGAAAAACUCUGGGAUUUUUUGGCACAGCGGGAGCUGCGUGGCUUCGCUUUAAAUGAUUUAAGGGAGCAUGCUAAAAGAAAGGAAUCUGGAGUUUCAAUCGCAUCGGAUAAUGGGCAGGCUAAAGAUGGUACCAAUCAAGGUGCGUCGAAGAGCAAUACCAUUUUGUUUAAGCCAGUUUUUAAGGACCGUUCAAUGAGGCAACGCAUUGAACUUUGCUCGAAAGUAUACGAAACGGCAUUAAAAACUCUGAAAACCCGUACUAUGUGUCAUGAUUACAUAAGCGCCAUGUUAAUAAUAAAUGAAAAUAAUGAAACAGAUUUGAAAACCAGGCGCAAGUAUCUAGCAAUGGCUCUGAAAAUGGGCCAUGAAUUAGGUCUGAUGAGUGAAGAGCACUAUUGCGUUUUUCUGCGUUUGUUAAUCGUAACUGAAACCGGCAGAAAAAUCGCCGAAUCUAUGCUAAGUGAAGUAUGCUCUGCUUACAAAUCAGUUAAAUUAUAUGAAGUAUGGAUUUCAUACUACAUUAGUCAAAAUGCAUCGGAUAUGGUAGAAAAAAUCCAUGCGAAAGCCGUGAAAGACCUGGGAGAUAAAUCUGGACCCAUAUUUGAAUUAGCUAUUCAAUACUUCAAAACUAGAUACGAUGAAGACCGUUCAACACUUGAUCGACUCUACCGCGACGCUAUUAAAAUGACAAGUCCUAAAUUCGGCAUAUUUCGCGCGCAGUAUCUAGAAUUUUGUAUGAUUAAUUCUCCCUUUGAUAAAGUACGCAAAGAGUAUGACCACUUAAGUCAGUUGCCACCGCCCUGCCUACAGUUACAUGAAAAAAUGGCUGAACUAGAAUCCCAAGUUAUUUUAAAGACUAAAAAAGAUACUGAACGUCGACGUCAAGUCUAUGAAAACAUGGUUUUGCAGUUUGGAAAGGAAAAUACUUCUGUCUGGAUGGAGUAUGUUCGUUUCGAGUGCUCAUUUGGUGAUAAAAAUCGUGUAACGCACAUCUACGAUCGUGCGAAGGCUACACUCAAUGAAAAUUUAGUGUAUCCCUUUCAAAUGGAGUACGAUUUAAAAAAGGAAAAUUUUAAAUCGGAAACUGAAUAAUUUAGACUAGUGUGUAACAAAUAUAAUAUGGAAUCUAUAAAUAAAUCGAAAGUAAUGGAACCGAGAAAAAUCGGGGAUAAUCAA